UCAUCAUCACAACCACUAUGGUCGCUGCUGCCUUCGGACUGUUGUUGUUCUCAGCUAACAGCUAACAGAGCUAACUGCUAACAGCUAACAGCUAACGGAGCUAACACACAGAUGCUAACCUCUGGCUCGGUUCCGUUGUUAUCUCGGGUUAUCUCUGAGUAACCCAGCUGUCUCUCUCCGGGCUUUAUGUCCUCGUUGUGGAGGAGGACAGGAAGACAGGAGGACAGGCUAGCUAACCUAGCUAGCUCCGUUAGCAUGUUGGAGCUAACUGUCCAGUGUUAUUAAUGUUAGCUUCCUUAGCUAGUUUAGCAGUUAGCUUCAGUUAGCAUGAGAGGUAGCUUUUCUUUCCUCCUGUAGUUAGCUGUGUUAUUAUUAUAACACGUUAUAUUAUAUAGUAUCUCCGUCAUGUGUCGCUGUGUUCACACCGCAGAGCUCGUUAGUGGGGGCAGAUGUUGUGAGCUAACAGCCAGUCAGAGCUAACGUUAGCUGCUAGCCGGAGCUAACGGGAGUCUUUGUUCGGAGACGGUUUAUGAUGUGAGAGCAGCUAGCUCGGACUGUUAGCUGCUGUUAGAUAGACUAGAAUAGACCAGUUAGCACAUGCUAGGCUAACUGAGAGUUUAUCCGGGUGUAUUUCUGUAGUUUUAUUUAAUUUGAGGCUAGCAUGCAGCAGUCCGCUCCUCCAGCUGUUCUGUGACCUUCAUCAUCAUCAUCAUCAUCAUCAUCGGGGUUAUUAUGGCUCUCAGAUCGGACUGCUCAGCAUCUGUCGUCUACCUGCUCAUACUGUCAGGAUGCAUUGCUGCGUCUGAGAGGAACGACAACGUCUACGUGUCAGGGAUUUCUAAUGCCUGUGGCGAAGUGGCGGACCUCCUGCGGGCGUCCAGCGGCGUCAUCACCAGCCCCGGUUGGCCCUUUCAGUAUCCAUCCAGACUGAACUGUAGCUGGAACAUCAGAGCGCGACCUGGAGACACCGUCACCAUCAGUUUCCAGGACUUUGACCUCCAGGGUUCCCAUCGCUGCUCCUCAGACUGGAUGUCCAUCAGCAGCUACCGGAGCCUGGACGGGCUGAGGGUCUGUGGUUCCUCCCUGCCGCCACCCUACAUCUCCUCCCAGGACCACGUCUGGAUCCACUUCCACUCUGAUGACAGUCUGACAGGGAAAGGCUUCAGACUGUCCUACAUCACUGGUAAGCCUGAGGCCACCAGCUGCGAUGUGGACCAGUUCCACUGCUCUAAUGGGAAGUGCAUCCCGGACUGGUGGCGCUGCAACGCCAUGGACGAGUGUGGUGACAACUCAGACGAGGAGCUGUGCGUGGAGUCGCCGUUCUCCUUCCAGCCCUGCAGCCUGAACCAGUUCCCCUGCCUGUCCCGCUACACCCGGAUCUACACCUGCCUGCCGCACAGUCUGCGCUGUGACGGCAGCAUCGACUGCCAGGACCUUGGUGAUGAGAUCGAUUGUGACGUUCCCACUUGUGGAGAAUGGUUGAGGAACUUUUACGGCUCCUUCAGCUCUCCAAACUACCCCGACUUUUACCCUCCAGGAAGUAACUGCACCUGGCUGAUUGACACCGGCGACCACAGAAAGGUCAUCCUGAGGUUUACAGACUUUAAACUCGACGGGACGGGUUACGGCGACUACGUGAAGGUCUACGACGGCCUGGAGGAGAACCCUCGCCGUCUCCUCAGGGUGCUGACCGCCUUCGACUCCAGAGCGCCGGUCGCUGUGGUUUCAUCAUCUGGUCAGCUCCGAAUUCACUUCUACGCCGACAAGAUCAACGCUGCCAGAGGGUUCAAUGUCACCUACCAGGUGGACGGGUUCUGCCUGCCCUGGGAGGUUCCCUGUGGGGGGAACUGGGGCUGUUACACCGAGCAGCAGCGCUGUGACGGGUACUGGCACUGUCCCAACGGUCGUGAUGAGCUGAACUGUUCUUCGUGUCAGGAAGACGAGUUCCCCUGUUCCAGAAACGGAGCCUGUUACCCUCGAUCGGACCGCUGCAACUACCAGAACCGCUGCCCCAACGGUUCUGACGAGAAGAACUGCUUCUUCUGCCAGCCUGGAAACUUCCAUUGCAAGAAUAACCGCUGCGUGUUUGAGUCGUGGGUGUGUGACGCUCAGGACGACUGCGGCGACGGCAGCGAUGAGGAGAGUUGUCCCGUCAUCGUUCCUACCAGAGUCAUCACCGCCGCCGUCAUCGGCAGCCUCAUCUGUGGACUCCUAUUGGUCAUCGCCCUCGGCUGCACCUGCAAACUCUACUCGCUGCGCAUGUUUGAACGCAGGUCAUUUGAGACCCAGCUGUCCAGAGUGGAGGCCGAGCUGCUUCGGAGGGAAGCCCCGCCCUCUUAUGGUCAGCUGAUCGCCCAGGGACUGAUCCCACCUGUGGAGGAUUUCCCAGUGUGCUCUGGGAGCCAGGCAUCUGUGCUGGAAAACCUCCGCCUGGCCGUCCGCUCUCAGCUCGGCUUCACCUCCCUGAGACUCCCCUCCUCCGGUCGUCACAACAACCUGUGGCGUCGUCUCUUCACCUUCUCGCGGUCGCGGCGGUCAGGUUCUUUGGCUCUGGUUUCUGCUGACCUGGAGGACGGCGCUGGCACUGGGAGCGCUGGGAGUUCUGGUUCAGACCUGCUGUCUCCGGACUCAGACGACACGGACACGGAGGGCGAGCGAGGGAGAGAGCGAGGCGUGGGCGCGGUGGGCGGGCCCGUCGCCCCACUCCCACAGAAGACCCGGCCCUCCACUGCCGUGGAGGCUGUGUUAUCCGUGGCGACGUCCGCAACCUCUGUGACCCCGACGCCUAGCAGCGACAGAGGCCGUCACAGGCCCAGAGAGGCUCCGCCCCCCUCCAGCGCUGUCCCUGUGGUAACCUCCAGUCCAGAUCCUGAAUGUCAUAGUGAUGCUUCAGAGCUCCAGGCUCCGCCCACCUCCGCCCUGCAGCGACUGGCCCAGAACCUGCACCGCCUUGCCAGGAACUUGACCAGAACCAGCCAGAACCAGCAGGACCAAACCUGGACCAAUCACAGUCCACUUCGCCAGCUGGAGACAGGAAGAGGCGGGGCUGAGGCCACGGAGCAGCGAGGAAACAGAGAAGAAGAAGAAGACGUGGAGCUCCUGAUCCCCGUCUCCGACUCUGAUUCUUCAUCUUCCUCCUCCUCAUUGGUCUGCGACGUCCGACAGCCGCUGCUGGAGCCACACCCCUCCUCCACCACAGGCCAUGCCCCUCGCCAUCACCGUGGUAACGGGUGCCGAGGUGGGCGGGACGGCCCCUGUGAACACUGUGGGAUGGUCCACACGGCUCAGAUCCCCGACGCCUGCCUAGAGGCCACGGGCAAAACGGAGAGCAGCGACGACGAGCUGCUGCUGCUCUGCUAACAUGCUAACAUGCUAACUGACAGGUUAAUACUACAAAUACUACCCUGAUACAACACCUACAGUUAGCUGCUCUGCUAACAGGCUAACAUGCUAACUGACAGGCUAAUACUACAAAUACUACCCUGAUACAACACCUACAGUUAGCUGCUCCGCUAACAGGCUAACUGACAGGUUAACCUGCUAACUGACAGGCUAAUGCUACUAAUACCACCCCGACCCAACACCUCAGACUUCAGACACCCAAUAGGCCAACAAGCUAACAUCUCACAUUGGACUACAACUAGCCAAUAGGCUAACAUUACAGACUGGACUACAGCUAGCCAACAUUGUUAACACUUUGACUGGACUACAACGACACUUGUUAGCAUGUUAGCUGGAUUAAAGAUUAGCACUCAGUGAUGAACAGACCAAUCAGAGACCAAGGGGAGUGAUGUCACUGAUUUGGUUCUGAUGUUGGUACGAUGAUGAAAACUCUCCGCUGUUGUUCCCCCAGUCCGUCCGUUAAAAUGUUCCAGUCCUCCUGCAGGCGGACUUCCUGCUCGUUGGUACGACUGUAAACUGUGUCCUGACAGAACAAACUGAUGAGAACGAUCAGAUCCAGAUGAUCUGAUCCAGGAACCUGUUGGACUCCUGGUUAGGUGCAACAGUUUAAAUGGUCCCCCUUUGUGCUGUUAAACGGAACUACGAGAAUGACGAGGGUCAUGUGACCAACAGGGGCUACCAAAAAUAGCAGGCUAGUUUUUGGUAGCCUAAUCUGGGUCCACCAGUUUAUUGUACCAGGCUACAAUAGAGUACACUAAAUUACGCCAAGUACAUCAGAGUACACCAGAGUACAUCAGAGUACACCAGAGUACACCAGAGUACACCAGAGUACACCAGAGUACACCAGAGUACACCAGAGUACAUCAGAGUACACCAGGGUUCACUAGAGUACACUAAGGUACAUCAGAGUACACCAGGGUUCACUAGAGUACACUAAGGUACACCAGAGUACACUAAGGUACAUCAGAGUACACUAAGGUACAUCAGAGUACACUAAGGACCACCAGGUGCUAACCACCGGCUGCUAACAGCUAACAUUAACUUGCUCUCCUCCUGACGUUUAUCUGUCUCGCACACUUUGUGAAAGUUCCACAUUGCCGACAUGUUUUGUUUUCGUAGCGAGUUGCGCACCUGAAGAACCCGUUCUGUGUAUACGUCUGUGGAGCGACCUUGCGUGGACAGUGAACAAGGUGGGAGCAUGUUUAAUAACCAUGGUGUCUAGUACUAGUACUAGUGCUAGUUCUAGUACUAGCACUAGUACUUCAAUCGGUGACUAGAAAGUAUCAACGACGAUCUCCCAAUUGCAUAUUUUCACUGAAUAACAAUCGACGGCCGAUUAAUAAUGUCAUCACUGUAUAUCGAUCGCAGCUAAUGCUAGCUAAGCGACCUUCCCGGGUCAUGUGACCCUCAUCAUGCUUGUCAAAGCGGUGUCUGUAGACUUGUUCUGCACCAAACAUGGUCCAGGUUCCUGUCUUGUUCCCUUCUGGUGAGUUGUACUCUGACUGGUUCUAAAGGGAUGACGAAGUUCUGGACUGCUCUGUUCUCAAAGACAGAGAAGGUCUAGACCUGUAAAUUUGUAAAGUCCUACACUUUUUCAGAUCCACUAAUCCUGUUACUGAAAAGGUUCUGACUGAUCUACAAGAAAUGAGAACAUUGUGGAUCUGCCUGCAAAGAGAACGUUGUGGAUCUGCCUGCAAAGAGAACAUUCCUGAUCUGCCUGAAAAGAGAACCAGACCAACAGAACCAGGUCUGAGGGUUCAGAACCAGAAUAACAGAACCAGGCUUGAGGGUUCAGAACCAGACCAACAGAACCAGGCCUGAGGGUUCAGAACCAGACCAACAGAACCAGAAGGUUUUAUGUCUACAGAUUUACAAACUGACAAAGUUCUGGGUUAUAAAUAUAUUAAUUCUGAUUUUGUGACAGAACAUUAAAAUCCUCCUUUUCUUCCUCCUCUUCCACUUCCUUCUCAUCCUCCUCUUACUCUUCUUCUUCCUCUUCCUUCUCUUUCUCCUCUUCCUCUUACUGCUCCUCUUCCUCUUCUUCCUCCUCUCAGACUGAAGCCAUUCUAACUGACCCGUCUGUAUUGAUGAUCUCUGUUACAGUUUUUGGUUCUCAGAUCUCAGCUGAACCUUGUGUGAGUGUGACUGUGUAUAUUUAUUAUUAUUAUUAUUAUUAUUGUUAAUAUGAUGAUGGUUAUUAUUAUUAUUAUUAUUGUGUUAAAGGAAUACUUCGCCUGAUGACCGUCCGUACGUCAGUUAUAUUCAGCCCCUGUCACCUCAAGUUCCUCUUGAGUUCUAGUUGAGUUCUGGGAGAACCCACAAACAGAUGUUCUCUUGUUAACCCUGGACCUAUCAGGACUGUUCUGUUGAACACCAGCUGAGUAACUGACGUACACCCGGUGAUUUACGGGGGAAGUUUUCCUUUAACUUGUGGUUGUGUAGCUGCAUGAUUCCAGUGGUUUGGUGUUAGUUUUUCUUUGAGUCUGUAAAGUUAAAAACUGUUAAACUGCACUAAAGAUUAAAGGUUCACAUUUCAUCUCUUUCACUUUUAUUUCAAUAAUAAUAAAAAAUAAAGAGACGCAAAGAUCUGCUGAAUCUGA